CAGGAAGUUUAUUCACACGAGACUAGAACGCCACCGAUGGACGAUUCGAAUGCAAGGCUGUGGCUGUUUUAAAUCAUAUUAUGUGCUGCCUACGUAGACAUCAUGUUUGGGGCAUUUUAAGCUUACGAUGCCCCAAAAUGCCGUCUAGAUGGAUGCUGCAAAUCGCUCUGACUUCUACAUUGGUUUGGCACUUGCUGUAAGCUCGACUAUCUUCAUCGGUGGCAGUUUUAUAUUGAAAAAGAAAGGCCUUUUACGACUGGCCAAAACGGGCUCUACUAGAGCAGGUCAAGGUGGAUAUGCAUACCUGAAGGAAUGGCUGUGGUGGGCUGGGCUUAUAUCAAUGGGAAUAGGUGAGGGAGCAAAUUUCGCAGCUUAUGCAUUUGCUCCUGCCACAUUAGUAACACCUCUGGGAGCACUGAGCGUUUUGGUCUGUGCUGUGCUCUCAUCAUACUUCCUGAGUGAGCGGCUGAAUAUCCAUGGGAAAAUUGGCUGUUUGCUGUGUAUCUUCGGCUCCACUGUUAUGGUGCUUCAUGCUCCACAAGAGGAAGAGGUUGCUUCUUUGACUGCGAUGGCAGAGAAACUCAAAGAUCCAGGAUUCAUCGCUUUUGCUGUCUGCAUUGUCGUCAGCAGCCUGGCCCUGAUCUUCUUUGUCGCACCUCGCUACGGCCAGAAGAAUGUGCUGGUGUACAUCCUCAUCUGCUCUGUGAUUGGUUCGUUGUCUGUGUCCUGUGUGAAAGGCCUUGGCAUUGGGAUCAAAGAGCUGUUCGCUGGCAAGGCUGUUCUGAAAGAGCUGCUGUUCUGGGCCCUUCUCAUAUGCCUUGUGAUCUGCAUCAGUAUCCAGAUCAGCUACCUUAAUAAAGCCCUCGACAUCUUCAACACUUCUAUAGUUACACCUAUUUAUUAUGUCUUCUUCACCACAUCUGUCAUGGCUUGUUCUGCCAUCUUGUUUAAAGAGUGGCUUCAAAUGUCUGCCGACGGGGCUGCUGGGACUGUUAGUGGCUUUCUUACCAUCAUCAUUGGCAUUUUUCUUCUCCAUGCGUUCAAGGAUAUCAACUUUAAGUUGGACUCUCUACCUUUAUAUCUGCACCUUGGCCUUCAAGACAGAACGUGGAACCAACCAUACAUUUCUUUGCCAGCCGAUGAGAGAACUACUAUGAUCGAUGAAAGCAAUCUGACUAAAGAAAGAAACGCAAAGAGCUUUUUUCCUGAGAGUUCAGACAAAAGGAGCAAUGGUACAUUUAUUACCUAGCAUAAAAUCAGCAAAAAUGUAUUAUGUGAGUGACUACUAAAACACAGAUGUACCCUACUGUACAAGCAUACUUUGCGAACCAUUAAUACUGUGAGAGUACUUUAAUUUGCUUUUUUUUUGGUUUUAGUAUCCAAGGAACUUGUCUUACAUAUUUUGUGUCUAUAAUAUUUCUAUUUCCAUCUUGCAUUUUUUUUUUUUUUUAACAGUUUUAUACUGUUGAUAUUAAGACUAAUGAUGUGCCUAGUCACUUGUUUUAAAUACAAAAAUCCUGAAGUUGCAAGAUAGUGUUAAAAAAUAUUAUUAAAUGUUUAAUAAUUAUUUAUUCUAUGAUCAAAUCAGCCUUGUUUAGGAUAUUCAUAUAAUUAUAUUCAUAUCAAGCACCUUUUUAAUGCCUCAUCCUUUCAACAAAAUCAUGAUUUUGUUUAAUACAAUGUGCUUUACUGGACUACCUAUACACUACUUUAAAUUUUGGGGUCGUAAGUUUUUAAUAUUUUUGAAAGAAUUAUUUUAUAUAGUCCAAAUCUGUCUUUAUACUUGAUUUGAAAAAUACUGUCAAAAUUUUGAAUUUACAAAUUAGAAUAACUGUAUUAUAUUUUAAUAUAUUUUAAAUGCGAUUUAUUCCUAUGAUGGCAGAGGUGAUUUUCAUCAGCCAUUACUCCAGUCUUCAGUGUCACGUGAUCCUUCAGUAAUAAUUCUAAUAUGCUGUUUUUUUUGCUGCUCAAGAAACAUUUAUUAUCAUGAAUGCAGUUUAUGUUGAAAACAGAUGUGCUACUUAAUAUUUUUUUCAAAUACAUUUAUUUGAAACAGAAAUCGUUUGUCACUUUUGAUCAAUUUAAUGCAUCCUUGCUAUAUAAAAGUAACCUUCAAAAUAUCUUACUGACCCCAAACUUUUCAACAGUAGUGAAAAUGUCCUAUACUAGUGUUAGGGAACACACAUCUUCAUAUUUAGAAACAUUUUUUUUUUUUUUUAAAUCAACAGCUACAUUUCUCAGGUGGUGCACGGUUUUCUAUUAUAUAUAUCUGAAGUGCCCAGUAAUCUGUUUUUAUAAGUAGGACACUGAAACCUCUGAGAUGUCUAAUAUUGUUUAACUUGACUCUGCUUUCUCAUCUUUAUACACCAUAUGAAUAACUGCAGGAGGUGUUUUAUCUUUUUAUUUUAAGUCCACAUUUCAACACACACUGAAUAAGCCACAGAUCUUAAAGAGUUCCCAGUAAGACAAUGGAGUGCAGACUUGGUAUGGAGGUUGAAGAGAAUGUGAAAGCAGAGCCUCCUCCUAAAUUCCAGAUCAGAUCGGUACAAAGGGACCUUUCAGUUGAUGUUCCAUUAUGUUUCCUUGAUUUCAUACCAAAGUCUUAGCACUGGGAAAUGUCAAUAUUGAGAGUGACGAUAAACAGGCAAUGGGACUGGGACAUGCAUCCAUUUGAUUUUGAAUAUAUGGCCUUCACAAUAAUAAAAAGAGCAAAAUGAG